AUGGGCGCCACAAGCAACGCCAUUACUUUUGCCAGCCGGCUGCUCCUACCAGUGCUGGUGGUAGUCGGAUUCUUCGCGACGCAAGAAGCAAGUGCGAUGGUGGGCUUCACCAUGACGCAGGCCACCCAGGAUGGCACGUACAUCCGCUUCAAUCGAGUACUCACCAACAUGAUCGCGGAUAUCACCAAAGAGCUAGGCGCUUUCCGGUGCUCUCAGCCCGGCCUUUACUACUUCUCAUUCACCGCCAUGGCGCCGAGCCAAGGAUCGUGCCGCAUAUCGCUGCGGAGAAACCGCAUUCCCAUGGUGACCGCGUUCGCCAGCAACAAUGGUUUCAGCUGGAUUUCCAGCGGGGCCGUGCUCUACCUGUCCCAAGGUGACGUCGUCUACCUAUACUUGGAGGACGGAGCCAUCCACGAGUCGUCAGUCCCGAACAGGGCGUUCACUUCCUUCUCCGGUUUCACAGUGAGCACCGACUCGCUCAUGGCACGCAAUGGUCCUGUCGUUGAUGUCACUGAGGGACCCCUACCCUCACCGGAUCCGUACGACGACAUCGAAGAGCGCAUGUAUCGAGUGAAGCUCGCUAAGAAUGCUACUACAGCUGCUUCACAUUCCUAGGCUGCUUGCAGGAUCCCCCGCCAGAACAGCUGCCUCUUCGUCAAACAUUUUCUUUCACGCAUCUUGUAUCCGUAUUUUAAUUUCUCCCGUCACUCAUUUUCAUGUUAUAUUUAUUGUACCAUUCUUAAGAAUAAAGCCCUUGUAAAGGCUUCUUGGUUAUGAUGCUGAUAGUGUUAGCAUGAUGUGACAUGGAGGUCUGGCCAGGGUGCACGCUCGACAUUACUAUCAUCUGUGAAUACAAGUGCCCCGAAUGAUUUCUUUCUGUACCCUUCAAAGCUGACAAAACUGCCGAU